CUAUCGCUACACAAGAUCAAUUGGAUAAGGAUUUAGCAAUUUUACAUGAUGAUAUGAUUGAAAUGAAUAAGUUUUUACAUAAAAUUGAAGGUGGUAUCACAGUUACAGUUGAUAAUACCGAAACAAUCAUGAACAAAUUGGAAAUCCAAAACAAUGAAGUUAAAAUAAUAGUUGAAAAUGUUAUAGAACAAAAUAAACGGCUUAUGGAAAUGAAUGAAAAACUCGAUGAAGACAGAGAUAAAGCGAUCAAAUUCAUUUCGCUUAAUAGAGUAAUUGAUACUAUUCCCUUACUUAAUAAACAAGUAAAUGAACAAGACUCAGUUACAGCCAAAGAUAUUAAAGCUUCAGAACUCCAAGAUCCUCCAAGAUAUGUACGACCACGUCAAGGUAGCAGAGUAAAAAUUCAAAAAAAAAUUUAUAAUGCAUUGGAAGUUGCUUGUAGACCUAUUUCUGUAUACAAUAUUCAAAAAACUAAAAAGCACCUUGCUAUCUUGGAAAAAUUGGCUGCUUGCCCAUAUAUUAUUAAAUUUCAUGGACUAUCGGAAAUUUCUACAGAAAAAGUAAUGGUUUAUGAAUGGGCAGAGCUUGGAACUUUAAAAAAUGUUUAUAAAAAUUAUAAGAUUGAUUGGGAGGCAAAGAUUUCUAUUGCAAGAGAUAUUUGUCGUGGUUUAGCUUUUUUGCAGUCAGUAAGGAUUUUUCAUCAUGAUAUUCGAUGUGAAAGCGUAUUAAUUAAUGAGAACAUACAACCUAAACUUACCAAUUUCAAAUUUGCCCGUGAAUUUGAUGCUUACCCUAUUCCAAUUGAUAAUAUAAAUGCACUGAUACAUUGGUUAGCACCGGAAAAAUUAGGUCAUAUUAUAGCAGAUUGGGAUAAAAAGCCUAAAAAAACGGAAGAAGCCAGAUAUACCAUUCAAUGUGAAAUUUUUAGUUUUGGAAUGCUUCUUUGGGAACUUGCUUUUCAAAAAAUACCAUACGAAGGUAUGAGUAUGUUAGAUAUACAAAAACAUGUUCUAAAAGGUAAAAGGGAGACAUUGAAUUUCGGAUUAAGUCCUCAUCCAAUUCAAAGAGAAUUUGGUGAAAUUAUUAAACUUGCUUGGCAACAAGAUCCAUCAUUACGUCCAGGGAUCCAACUUCUCUUUAACAAGUUACAGGAGUCAUAUGAGAAAAAUGUAUUAUCAAACAAAGGUUCUCCAUUAAUGCGCCCAUUAAAAGAAAAAGAAAAUACUAUCAAUAGUACUACAGGAGAUGAAGAAUUAGUUGGUUCAUUUCUUUCAGAUUCUGAAGAUCAAAAUGAACUGACUCCACCAAUUGUCAUACCAUUAAUUCCACAAGCCAAAGCAAAAGAAAUACUGGAAACUGUUGUACCAUUAAUUCCAGUUAAGGAAGGUUUACGAGCUCAUAAAGAAAAAGAUUAUAAGAAAGCUUGGGAAUGCUUUGAAGCAAAUGCAAAUGUUGGAGAUAUAUUGGCAAUAUAUUGGCAAGGUUAUUAUUAUUUGGAAGGAAAACAUGUUGAAAAGAACAAACAAAAGGCUAUGGAAUUAUUUAGAAAAGCAGCAGAUGCUGGCAAUGCUGAUGCUCAAUUACGAUAUGCUUUUUGCUUGAUUGAUAAGGAAAAUAAAAGUAUUGAUAGUAGUAAAUUUAUGAAAUAUUUACAACUAGCGGCUGAUAAUAAUAAUGCUACGGCUCUUUAUAAUCUUGGUGAUGUAUAUUUCUCUGGUAAACUGGGUAUUAAAAAGGAUAAGGAAAAAGGUAUUCAUUAUUUGAGACAAGCUGCUUUACAUAAGCAAUCUAAGGCAAAAGAGGUACUAGACAAAAAUGGCAUUAGUAUAUAUUUUUAAUUAUUCUUUAUAAUUUAUUAAAAUUUAAUAAAAAUCAGAUU